AUGUCGGGUUUAAGGAAACCACGGCUACCAACGCUCUUCCAGAGCCGAGCUACCGACACUUCACUCAUAAAUUGUCAGAAGUGUUUAGAGAAAGGUCACUGGACUUAUCAAUGUACAAAUCAACGAAAGUAUCUCAAACGCGAAUCAUACACCAGUAUACUAGUGAAAAAGCUUGAAACAAAGAAAAAGUCAAAGAUUCAAAAAAAAACAAACAACACUGAAUCAUCAUCCUCAAGCUCUAGUUCGUCCUCUGACUCUUCGACUUCAAGUUCUGGGGACGACUCUGAUGAUGGGGAAUCUAGCUCAGAAUGUAGUUCAAGCAGUAACGGAGAUUCUAGCGACGACUCAUCCUCCAGUACUUCCUCAUGUUGCGAAAGCAGCCGAUCUUCUUCCUCUACAAGUUUAAAGCGCAUAAAGAAAUGAUCGUAAUGUUAGCGAAUCGUCUUUCGCUGAAUAAGCCACUCGAAUUAAUUUAUCGGGCAUUGGAUGACAUAUCUAUUGAUGGUGAUAAAAGAACUACCUAAUACUAAAAGUGAUAUUUUAGUAAGUUGAGCAUCGACAGAAGUCAAGAACAAUCAGUACUUUACAGUUUUACUUGAAUGAGUCCUUCCAAAACAAUGAAAGAAACCGAUUUGGGAUACAAGCGUAUCAAUUAUUUUUGAAUAACUGAAUUCGAUUUUAUAAUCGGUAUUUCAAAACAGUAAAUUUUCGUGGUAUAGCAUGAGUCAUUUUGUAGUAGGAUAAGUUUAAUCUUCACUGGAAAAAAAUCGAUCGGUAGUUAUAGUCACUGACCUGUAUGGUUACAUCCAAGACUGCUGUUUAUGUACACUAAUUUGUAAUAAAUCAUAAUGAUCUCUGCGUAUGUUCAUUGCUGUCAACACGAAGUAUGGUUGUUAUUGUUGUUGUGUAUCAAAUGUAUGUACCGAAAUUGUUUGUUACUAUUACUCAGUUUUAGUUUUAACCUAUGUUUAUAAUAGUUAAUCAUUUGUUUCAAUAUGUUCUAUUGAAAUUUAUAGACAAAUUUCAUUUUUAUCAAGGCUAACCACACGAAUCUUUCCCUAUGAGAUGUGGAGCAGUGUUAAAUAAUAUUUACUUAAAAAUAUUUGGCUUAUAAAUAAACUAAGCAAAUCUAGGUUUGCCGACUGACCACUUGAAGGAACUAUUGUUACGUUGUACCUUUAAUAUCAAGUUCAGUUUCAACAAUGGAAUAUAUAAAGAGAUGGGAUCACAAUCGAGUCUCCAUUGAGUCCAAUUUUAGCAGACCGUUUCAUAGCAAAACUGGGAAACGACCAACUCAGUUCGAUGAUUACUCGAUUUCAUCCGUACGUAAUAUACAUGGACGACACAUUUGUCGUUUAUGACGAUAAUACUGAAUUAGAAGAUAUCUUACACUCCUUCAAUACGUGCCACCCUUCCAUAGACUUCACGUUAG